AUGGCCCCUACCAAAACCGACAACCUUCCUGGCGAAUUACGCUACGUACAAUACGAACAUGCCCUCGAGGCUCAGUAUUUACCCGCUAUCCGGGCAUUGAUCUCAAAGGACUUGAGUGAGCCUUAUAGCAUUUAUGUAUAUCGAUAUUUCUUGUGCCAGUGGGCACAUCUCUGCUUCAUGGUCAAACCAAUUCCCUCCCCAGUCGAUCCUCAGAUAUCUGACAAUACUCUGCAGGCACUGAACCCAGUCGACUCAUCUCUCAUCGGUGUUAUAGUGUGCAAGCUGGAAGUCCAUGCUUCACACUCGAACCCCACUCGAAGAGGCUACAUCGCCAUGUUGGCCGUUGCUUCCGACUUCCGUGGCCAUGGUAUUGCCACAACCCUCGUCAAGAAGGCCAUCGACGCCAUGACGAAGCGCAAUGCCGACGAAAUUGUCCUCGAGACUGAAGAGACUAACGUCGCUGCUAUGCGAUUGUACGAACAGCUCGGUUUCUUGCGCACCAAGAAGCUACACCGGUAUUACCUCAAUGGAAACAGCGCAUAUCGACUUGUUCUGCCGCUUAAGUACAUCGACCUUGACGCUAGCGCUAAUGAUCUUGAAAUCAUCGACGUAUAA